AUGUGUGCGGUUGUGUUUGUGUUCAUCAGAACUGGAUCCAGUACAGAACAGUUAAAUCUGGCAGCUUUGAUUCGUGGAUUCUCUAUAGGAACAUCAUUGAGAAAUCAGCACACGUUAGACCUGCAAACCGACAAAAAUGACAGAGACGGUCCUGUUGGGCCCAAACUGAUCACCAAAGAUGGAACCAUUCAGGGUGUGAUGGUGGAUAAGUGUUACAUUUUUUAUGGGAUACCAUUUGCUGAUCCACCCGUGGGUGCGUACCGCUGGAAACCCCCCCGUCGGGUCACGCCGUGGAGAGGGGUGUACGACGCCACCUAUCCCAGAGCAGUGUGCAUGCAGGCCUGCAUCGGACCCCUGUAUGAAGAAUGUCCGAAGAAGGUAAGCGAGGACUGUUUGUACCUGAAUGUCUUUGUUCCAUUAAGUGUAAAAUUGCCAACUCCACCGCUCAAACUUCUGCCGGUAAUGGUUUGGAUCCACGGUGGUGACUUCAUCGCAGGCUCCGCCUCCAAAGCGCUUUAUGAUUCUCGAUACAUCAGUAACUUCACACACACUGUGGUUGUGAGCGUGGCCUACCGCCUGGGGGCUUUUGGGUUUCUGGUGUCAGGGAAAAACCCAAAGACAUCAGCGGUGGGAAAUUAUGGGAUUCUGGAUCAGCAGGUGGCUUUGAUCUGGGUCCAGAAGAACAUUGCAGCUUUUGGUGGUGACCCAAACAGAGUGACAAUUUUUGGAGAGAGUGCAGGAGCUCAGUCGGUCAGUCUCCAUCUGAUGAUUGAAAGCAGCAAAGCGCUCUUCAAACAGGCCGUUCUUCAGAGUUUACCAUUCUCUAUACCCCUUAAAACACGGCACGAGUCUCUGAAAAUGGGAAAGAACUUUGCUAAGAUGACCAACUGUUCGUUGUCGGACAUCGUGUGUCUGCUGUCUCUGAGUCCUGAGGCGGUUCUGACUGCACAGAUCAAAUCCAGCUCGAAGCUGGUCAACCCGUUUCGCUUUCUGGAGGUGUUUGAAAUCUGGGGACCGUAUGUGGAUGGAGAGCUGAUCCAGGAGCAGUCGGUGACGGCCUUUCAGAAGGGACACUGGCAGAAGGAGAAAAAAGUUCUGCUUGGGACGACCUCAGAGGAAGGUAUCAUCUUUGUGUAUGGUGUCUUUACUAAGCCUGUGUCGCCGGUUGAGUGCACCAUCUACACAACAGCCAUAUUUAAACAGCACGCCAUGAAAAUCCUGCGCAAAUAUUUGCCUCUCUAUGAAGACACAGACCGCAGGGACAUGCUUGCACAGAUUGUUACAGAUUACAUCUUUCUGUGCCCGUCCCGAAAAUCGGCCCGUGCUGGAGUACUGUCUGGAAGUUCAGUGUGGAUGUACGUGUUUGAUCAGGUAUCCAGCGACCCUCGCGUGUGGUCCGGUUCGACGUUCUGUUAUCAACACGUGUGUCACGGUGCCGAGCUUCCCUUUCUGUUUGACUCAGCUCCUGUGGCGAAUUUCACUUUCACUCAAGCUGAACGUCUGCUGUCCAACCGCAUGCUGUGUUACUGGGGCUCUUUCGCCCAUGCGGGUGACCCCGGGUCACAUACUGACAUGAGCCCGUUCUGUCAGCAGCAACACUCCCCGUCAUGGCCACGCUAUGAGCCGAACAUUGGCUGGCUUGUUAUGAACCUCACGGUACAUUCACAUGCACAAGCAGGAUCACGAAACGACAUCUGUGACUUCUGGGAUGAACUUGGGAUCUAUCCAUGA